GCCGCGGGAGCGCCCCCGUCCCCUCGGAGGGACCGCGGGGCCGAGGCGGUGACAGGGGCGGCGGCGGGGCCGGGGCAGCGCGGCGGGCAGGGCAGCGCCGCCAGGGACCCCCCCCACCCCGAGCUCCCCUCUCUCUCCCAGCGCGGCCCGGCAGGGCUCGCCGCUCCCCUCGGGCCUGGCGGGGUCACCUUCAUGGGCGGGCGGUAGCGCGGGGCCCGGCGCACGGUGGUGCCCGGGGCCUGGUGAGGCGUCGCCGGGGCAGAGCGGGGGCCGGGAACGGCGGCGGGGCCCGGGGCGAUGUUCGUGCAGGAGGAGAAGAUCUUCGCGGGGAAGGUGCUGAAGCUCCAUGUGUGCACCAUGGAGGGCGCCGAGUGGCUGGAGGAGGUCCCCGAGGACACCACGGUGGAGAAGCUGAAGGAGCGGUGCCUGAAGCACUGUGUACCUGGGAGUUUGGAGGAUCCAAAAACCGUGACCCAUCAUAAAUUGAUACAUGCUACUUCUGAGAAGGUGCUGACAGACACAAAAACAGUGUUGGAGGAAAACAUUCAGGAUAGAGAUGUCUUGCUCUUAAUAAAGAAACGUGCGCCACCUCCGCUCCCCAAAAUGGCAGACGUGUCAGCAGAGGAGAAAAGGAAACAAGAGCAGAAAGCUCCCGAUAAGGAUGCUAUUCUCAAAGCAACUGCAAAUCUGCCCUCUCGCAAUGUAGAUCGCACUGUGGCCCAUCACAACAUGAGGGAUUUUCCUUUCUUGCAGUUCCAGACAGAGCUCCGGAAGAUCUUAGUGUCUCUCAUAGAAGUCGCACAGAAAUUGCUAGCACUGAACCCAGAUGCAGUUGAACUAUUUAAGAAGGCAAAUGCCAUGCUGGAUGAGGAUGAGGAAGACAGAGUGGAUGAGAUAGCUCUGCGACAGCUUACAGAAAUGGGGUUUCCAGAAAGCAGAGCUGUCAAAGCCCUUCGAUUAAAUCAUAUGUCAGUGACACAGGCCAUGGAGUGGUUGAUAGAACACGCAGACGACCCUACGGUGGAUGCUCCGCUUCCAGGUCAGACUCCAUCAGAAGCUGCAGCUGAAGCUGGUGCAUCCUCUGCUGAAGCAACUGCAGGUCCUAGUUCAGAAGCGAGUGGGGAAGAGGCCAAGGACGAGCUGACAGAAAUAUUCAAGAAGAUCCGGAGGAAAAGAGAAUUUCGUCCAGACCCACGAGCUGUCGUUGCCCUGAUGGAGAUGGGAUUUGAUGAAAAAGAAGUGGUAGAUGCACUCAGAGUGAACAACAACCAGCAAAAUGCAGCCUGUGAAUGGCUGCUGGGAGACAGAAAGCCUUCUCCAGAGGACUUAGAUAAGGGAAUUGACACCAAUAGCCCUCUCUUCCAAGCCAUCUUAGAAAACCCAGUGGUACAGUUAGGGCUAACCAACCCUAAAACUCUACUAGCCUUCGAGGAUAUGCUUGAAAACCCCUUGAACAGCACUCAGUGGAUGAACGAUCCGGAAACUGGGCCUGUAAUGCUACAGAUCUCUCGAAUCUUCCAGACGCUGAAUCGCACGUAGAGGGGAAUGCCAGUCCACUGUGCCACUUCCUACUGUCCCUCGCUUCACCUUCGCCUCACCGGGAGGGUGCAUGGAUUGUUUGGGGAGGGGGGCGGAUGGAAGGGGAGAAGGGGGAGAUCCUGUCUGAAUGGGUCUCUCGCACGAGAGCUUAUGUAGUUAUGGCCAACUGAAGCUAAUUGCCUUGUGGAUUUAGUGUUAGUGGAAGAGGUUUGAAGACUUGUUUAUGUUUUCAGGUAUUAGGUUUAAAGUAUAUCAAAAAAUAGGAAAAGGUUUUGUGAAAACAAUUCAGAAUCUGAUUGUUGGAAAGAAAUAUGAUAAUGCUUGUUAAAAAGGCCUGUGACAGUAGUUUUCUAGCCAGUUUUGCUAGCAUCUGGCUGGUGUUUACAAAAGGUCACUGACCACUAGCAUAGGGUAUUAAUCAUCUCCAUACAGUAUUAAUUUAUGGCUAUAUCAAAUUAUAAAAUGCUUUUUAAAAUUGAUUCUUAGGAAAGGGUUUUUUAAAAGUCCAAAUAUUGGGAGAGCAAGCACAUUUCUAUCCAAACUAGUUUAUCUUGCAUUAUAAUUUAAACAGAAUAAUUCAGAGAUGGAAUUCUUUUAAUAAAUAGCAUUACUUUUUCCUAUUUAUUUUCUGCGUUAGUGUUGUUGCAGACUCACUGUGGUUAUACUUGUAGGAGAUUUUCUGUCAGCUACGUUAAAGAUGCAGUAUGUCUUUCAUGACAGAACUCGCUACGCCAGGGCUUGGAUUCUGAAGUAGGCUGCAGUUCCUGAGUUCACACUCUGCCACGUCCUUGCGCGAGGAGGGAUAUGUGGGGCUCUGAGCAACCUGGGCUAGUGGAGGGUGUCCCUGCCCAUGGCAGGGGGGUGGAACUAGAUGGGCUUUAAGGUCCCUUCCAACCCAAAUCAUUCUAGGAUUCUAUGAUAUUCAUGUAGCGGGGGUUUUUCCAUUUUUAUGUGCACGGUGUUGGAAAGGGAGACUUGUGGGUUUUGACUGUUUCAAACUGUUUACAAAAAAGCAACUAAUUUGCAUGGGGUUUUCAUUGGUGAUCUGUAAAGCAGAACCACUUAGGUUUUUAUCUUGUUUAACAUGUUUAAAAGCACGCUUGAAAUUAUCAUCUUUGAGAUAGAUGUGUUUUUUCUUGAAUCUUAUUUUUACCUUGGAAAUACUGAGAAUGUCAGGCUGUGUCUUUCCUGUUUUGUUAGAAGACUGACUUGAGAUUUCAGGCAGGAGUGGUGAGCUUUUAGGAAGAGAACUUACUGGUGAUAAACAGCUAGCUCUUGUUAUGAUGGGGCUCCGCAGGUGUUACUUUUUGAACAGUCUGAACAAAAAUGGGUUUUGUUUUCAAGGUAGUGAAACACGAUUGACAUCUGUCAUAAUCCUCACCAUGUCUUGUGUUUCACAGCCCUUUUUUUGGAAAGGCAGGCCAGGCAAGACCUGCCUCUCCAAAAUGCAGAAUAACCAGAUGGAGACCCUAUCCUGAAAUGGCACAAAGGUGUCUUGUCAGACAGAGAGAUCCUGAGCAGCUCUGCGAGUCACCUUUUUAAGUGCUGGGGUGGGUUUUUUGUGUGGUUGAGGUUUUCUUUCAAACUAAAAAAAAAUGCAACCCGAAACCCUGCAACAAGUUUUGGCCUGAACCUGGCAUCUAAUCUAUGCUGUUAUGCAGUCAAGGCACUGAAGUUGCCAAUUUCACAUAAUUAAUAUGAAGGGUUGGGAAAUCAAAACAGCGUGAGAUUUUUAUCUUGGCUUUCUAUCCCAGGAUUUUUUUUGUUAUUUCUAAUUUCAUAUUAAGCUUUAUAGUUCAUGACUGCUGAAAUGUUUACUUCUACACAUAGAAAUUCCAAGCUUUAUAGAGAUGCUUCUUCUGUUCAAAUCGGACAGGAAAACUAUUUUCCUGGACUUUUGCUAGGAACAGAUUGACAUUAAAUUGUGACCUGGCCCUGUAACUGUAAAAGCUAGGAACCUGGUCCUGCAACCCAGUGAGUACAGCACAACUACUCAUGAGAAGUUGUGACCGAAUGUUGUAGUGUUAUAAAAGGUUUUGAUUGUUUUGACCAUUUUUUUUCUUACUCCCUGAAGCUUUUUGCCCCUAAUACUACCAGGAGACACUGUUACUUGAAGCUCUUAAUGUUAGAGGCACAUGUCCUUCUCUAUCAAUCAGGAUUCUUGUAAAUAUUCCUUUUAAUGAAUGUUUUUAGAAGACAAAGUUGGGGAAGAACUACCCUGUAGUUUGGGGUUUUUUGGCUUCUGAAUGAAUAAGUACAGGUUCAGACUUAACGAGCAGAUACUUCAGUGGCGGUCUGGGUCUUUGAAGAAUGUGAAGGCUCGUCGAAAUGUUUCUUUUGAUUUCAGUAAUACAUGAUCAGACUCUGGAUUGGCUGUAGAGCUUCCAGACAGACCAGGCAAGGAUCAUCUGUCAGCUUCAGAGCCAUCUAAAAGUUUGGCAUCUGGUUUGCUGGCAGAACCUGGGUGACCAGCCACAUGGCAAGAGCAAGCAACCCAUCUUGCCUCUGCUGGCAUGGGAGGAGCUGCCCAGGACUGGCUGCUGCUGCCAGGGCAAUGUGGAUCAUGAACCAGCUCCCCAAGUUCGGGGGGGGUUGAAGCUGGGUGUGUUCCUGAUCUGUGGUGUUUGACCCGCUUGGGAGGAGCAGAGUGGCUCAUUUCUAAGGGUAAAGGUUCUGCUGCUUGUGUAUCCCUGCAUCAGCCCCACAGCAGCGGGAUCGGAGCGUGAUACUGCCGGGUCCUGCUAAUGGCUGUGUGUGUUCUUCAGCGUCAGUUUGAUCGGGGUGAUAACUUUUAUCAGAGCUGCCUCCCUUGGUAUGCCAGCACACAGUCAGUGCCACUGAGCCUUUUAUAAAGCAAGGGGGGGAAAAGCAUCAGUAAAACAACUCAUGCUUGAAUGCCCAGGUUCAACAACAUAACCUGAUGUUGCAGCAGCAGUUAGAGGCCCUUAGUGAUAAAGGAAUACUACAUCUUUAAAAUGCUUGAAGACUUGAGAAUAUGUGGUUAUUUCUGGAUUUCAUUAUUCCAGAGCUCACACUUACACAGCUGAAGUGUUGGAGAGUGUGUUCUUCCUGAUCUGCCAAACAGUUUUCUUGCUUGGUAUGGCUUUAACAUCGCCCCGCUUGUCUUUCAGGAACUUGGAGUUUGCAGUGGCCAACAGCUGAAAGAGGCCAGAACUUAGGAAGUGUGAUGUUUGCAGCAAGGCAUAGGAGUUGAUUUAAAACAAACAAAAACUGCCCUUGAGGUUAAACGAAUGCUCGAGGAAUUGCUGAAGGCAUCGGUGUUGUUGUUAGGGUAUGAAGUAGCAGACUGAGAGCUCUGCGUCCCCAUCGCACCGGGCUGUGUUGCUACUCCAUCGCAGGGAAUGAAGGGGGAGUUAAGUCCACGGUGCUUGCAAAGGCACUGAUUAUCUCAGUUUUUUUUUUUAGAAAACCCGCAGAAAAACAGAAAGAUCACUGCUAUUGAGUCAGAACGUGCAGAUGGGUCUCCAGGCACAAGGACUGUGUGUGGUGAGAGCUCUGCCUGGGGAUAAACUGUCCCGUUCCAUGGCUGAUGGGUGGAGGACUGGUGGAUCUGGUCUGUAGGCCAGUGAGAGGUCCCGGAGCACCCAGGAGUAGGUUUUGUUUAAAAAAAGGAAGUUUUUGUGAGGAAGAACUACAUGCAGGAGUAAGGAUUUACAGGUUUGAGGCCUGUGCUUGCACCUCUGGUGUUCAAGUUAUAACUAGCAAAGACAUGUCAUAUUUAAGUGUCUCAUAACGUGGUCAAGGGAAUAUCGGGAAGCCUGUGAAGUCAAGGGGAAGUAGGGAAGUGGGGUGGCAGGUGGCUCAUACAACGCAGGGACUAUUUCUUACAGUCCUAGCUCUUUGCCCCAUCCGCUGAUUCAGACAAUCUUCUACCUUUUGAUAUGACAUGACUCUUGAAAGCUAGCUAGCUAUUUAUUUAAAUGUAUGUAACUUAUAAUUCUGUCAUCGAAACACUGAAAUUUUUAAUAGAAAUGUUCUAUAUGGAAGUUUGUUCUCAGGGCUUCAUGUUUAUACUCUCUUUAUAGGGGAUGCAUUUAAAGGGAUGUAUUUGGAAAAAAUGCCAGUGGCCACUUUACAGCUUGGACCUUGAUUGUCUUGACCUGUGAGACUGAGCUAGCGUAACUCUCCUAAUAAACCUCUAGUGUCUGGUCCAGUCCAAAGAAUCUGCCGUUCCUUUUCUCCUUGUGAGCAGUGGCACGAGUCUUCCUUUAAGGUUGCUGCAUCACUCUGUGGAAGUGGUCACACAAGAUUACCCAGCUACUUCACAGUUCGCUGAUCUUUACACCAUUUCAAGGAUGCUUCUGUUCUCCAUGCAGCUGGAAAAUUAACUUGCACGGGUUUUAAAGCAGGCAUCGCUGCACUCCGGCUGUUCUGGGAUGGUGCAAGGGUCACUCCUGCAAGAGCUCUGAGACCUCCAGCUAAUUGCUGCUUUUUGGCUGCUGCAGACGUGUCCCAGAACCUUGACCCCCAUUUCUUUCCUCACUCUCCUGGAACCAAACUUGUCUUUUGGAGAUUGAUCUUCAUAUCCAGGAAACUCUUAAGUGGUUAUGGAAAUCCUUUUUAGUUGGGACUGUUACAAUUUUUAUUAUUUUUUUUUUAGGCAUUGUGAUUAAUGGGCUGAGGAUCUUUUAAUGUAUUUUGAAAGUUGUUUAAAUAAGCAUUGCACCAAACGAAUGUAUAGUAACACUGUCAGCAAAUAUUGCCUGUAGAAGAGAUACGGAGGUUAACGGUGAUCUCUGCUUCAGUGGCAAUUUUACAAAAGUAGAGUGUGCAGGAUAGUGUUUCAUCCAAAGUAAAUGCCCUGGUUUUCUACUUUUAAUAAAUAGCAUUUUUUUAUUAACUAGUGGAGUAGCGGCACUUGCAGCUGGCUGUUUCCAUCCCAUCGUAAGUCCUUGUGCUUUGAGGCACGAGCAAGCCACUGACUGUGUGCUCCUCUCCGGGCCGAUUAUUUGUCUGAAGGGUUUGUGGUGGCUGUUGUCGGAGGCAGGACAGUCGGUGAGCUCGGCCGGGGUGGCAGUCCCCAUGUUCCCGCAGGGGAAACCGCAAGCGUUGUGAUGAUGUCUCCGUGAAUGUGCUGUCGUGGUGGUGGAUCUCACCUGCAUCCCAUCAUCUAGGUGUAACAAAAGGGGUGGGGUUUUUUAAGCACCUCUUGCCCUACAUUUGAAGAUCUUUAAUGCAGCUCCUGUUUGCAGCAUGUGAACUUCCAUAAAUGUAAAUGCAUUAAAUUCUUACUGAAUUGGGGUAUAGUUUUAUAUCAUGCUCUGGGGAGAGGGAAGAAAUUGGAUCACGUUUCAAACUAAGCCCCACAAAACAAAGUGUCUUUGUUACAGCAGGUAAGAGAGGCCUGUAGAGAUUUUUAAUUUGCAUAUUUUUAUCAUAGUUUAAUGAACUGUACAAGAAUGUGAUUUGCUAUCCAGCACUUACCACAAGGCAGCACCAGUAAAAUUAUAUUGCCAGGUACUGAGUUAACAUUUUUCAUUUCACCUGUGUAUAAAAUAAUUAGGUACAGCGUAUGAUAAUUUUUAUACGGCACUGACACUGAUGUGUGGCAUGCACAGCUGUUUCUAAAAUGUAACGUUACUUUUAUGAAGCUUAACUAGGACGGACGUCGCUGAGCCUGUGGAAUUCAGGGUUCAUUCUGGAUGUGCUCGCGUGGGUCACUGACCUCUCCCUGAGGGGAAAACCAGCAGGCUUUGCUUCCGGACAGUAGCCCUCCAGGCACAAAAAAAAAAAAAAGGCAAGAAAUGCUACUAAUUUGUUAUCCUUUUAAGCAGUCACUGUUGUCUACUGAAAUAUAUUCCUGGAAGUUAUCGAGGUCGUUCGCAAAGCCAGACCUGUUCAGACUGAAACAGUUGCGUACCCGUGGCGUGUGAAGUCGUACCCACGAGUGAGACUAGAAUGAGUGCUGAGUCUUUAAACCUGCUCACACAUACACACUAAAGACACUGCUGUUGUGUGUUGUAAAUUUAUAAUAUAUCUUAAAAAUAAAGUUUUUUG